AUGCACACUAACUUGGACGUACUAGCCCUCAAGGAGGAGGAUGUUACUAAAUUCCUUGUUUGUGGAACCCAUUUAGGGGCUACUAAUUGUAAUCAUCAAAUGAAACAAUAUGUUUUCAAAAAAAACCUGAUGGUAUUCAUAUCAUCAACUUAUGAAAAACUUGGGAAAAACUUUUACUUGCUGCCAGAAUUAUCGCCGCUACCUUGUGGUCAGAGAGCUAUCUUGAAAUUUGCUACCUAUAUUGGUGCUACCUCAAUUGCUGGCCGUUUUGUUCCUGGUACAUUCACUAACCAGAUUCAGGCUGCCUACAGAGAACCAAGAUUGAUUGUAGCUACUGACCCAAGAACUGAUCAUCAGCCCAUUACUGAAGCUUCUUACAUUAAUGCUCCUAUUAUAUCAUAG